AAGCACCAGCCAGGACAGCAUCGAGUUGGUGGCCAUUCGUCAGCAUUCGUGGAGCAACAGCAAUAAUCUGUUGACUGCUGCUGCUGCUCUUGCUGCGCCUCGUGUCGUCAGGCAUAAACGAGCCUCUUUGUCUCUGCCAGUUGUAGCAGCGCCACCAUCAUCAUCGACCUCUGGCCCAGAGGAGGAGAAAAUUGCGUCUUUGGAAAAGAACAAGCAUCCGGGACCGGGGAGGAGAAUCCGUAGCAGCACGACUAGUUUGGCGUGCUCGACAGUUUCGACGACCGAUUCCCUGGGCAAGGGAAUGACCCCGGCUGAGCGCCAGAACAAGGCCGACCAAGUCUGGAGAGGCUACUGGUGACAAACGAAGAACGAGUUCAAGAUGGCAUCCAGAAUCCCCUUGACCAAGCAGCAAAAAUGGAGGGGCGGCGUCUGGGCCGUGGCCUUUGCCGCCGUCAUCAUGGUCGGAACCCUGACCGGUGCCCAGCUCAAAUCAGACAAGCAGAAGGAGGAAGCUAUCCGGGAGUUUCGCCAGAUUACUCCCUCUGAGCAAAUCGCCAUGCUCGAGAGGCAGCGAUCUACGCUUGUAGAGCAGCAAACUGCUAUGCAAAGGAAGCUGGACGUGUUCAAGGAGCGCGCCCAGGAGAGACGGCAGGAGAAAGAGAAUGCCAAGAAGGUCUAGCAUUGCUGCUUGAUUGCUCUUGCUCUUUCUCGAGACGAGAGAA